GCAUAAUUACAAAUUUUUAAAUUCAAACCGGCCCUAGCCCAUAUUUUUUGAAUCGGAAUGUGGCCUGGCAACCGAUUGCUACCCGAUUUUUACUGUUUCUAAAUUGUUUACGUAGUUGUGGGAACGAGCUUAGAAACUCGGAAAAGUAUUUUCUUCGCUUUGUUGAGAGGAGAUAAUUUUGUCAAAUCUCUCAGGCGAAGGAAAGCCCGUAGAUUUGGAUGAGUACUGCCUGCAAAUGCUUCAAUUUGCUGCUGGAAUUUGUCUUCUUUUUGUAAAUCUGUGUGUUCCACUGUUUAAUCAUUCAAAUCGGUUCGGUAUUGUACAAUGUUGGUCAAAUAACGAACAAUUUCUGUCUGAAUGAGUGCAGAAUGUUAUUAUUUCUGCACAGAUCCGAAGGACAAGAAGGAAACUGCAGAUUGAAGAUUUGUGGCUUAGAUUUUGUUUUUUUGGACCGGAAUGCCUUGCAGUGGGAAAGCUCUUGAAUACUAGGGUGUUGAAGCGCACGAUUCCAGGAAUUUCCGUGAAGAAGCUUUUCCGGUGAUAUUUGAUUUAGUACGAGAUGCCUGGGGCUUCGGCCUUCUGUCAAGGAGAAAAUAUUGUGGUAGAACACCGGAAGGAUCCGUACGAAGUGUUGGGAAUCGGUCGCAAUGCAUCCGAUCAAGAGAUUAAGUCCGCUUACCGUAAAAUGGCUUUAAAGUAUCAUCCUGAUAAAAACUCUAACAACCCUGAAGCAGCUGAACGGUUCAAGGAAAUAACCUUUUCUUAUGGUAUUCUCUCAGAUCCAGAGAAGCGUCGUCAGUAUGACACAGCUGGUUUUGAGGCAAUUGAAUCCGAGAACCAAGAAUUGGAGUUGGAUUUGUCUAGCCUUGGAGCAGUGAAUACCAUGUUCGCUGCUCUUUUUAGCAAGCUUGGUGUGCCCAUAAAGACUACAGUAUCAGCGACGAUUUUGGAAGAGGCAUUAACUGGUACAGUUACAAUCAGACCACUUACUUUAGGCCAGCCUGUACAUAGAAGGGUUGAAAAGCAAUGUGCGCACUUUUAUUCUGUUACAAUAACAGAAACAGAAGCAGAGGCAGGGUUAGUAAUACGAGUAACAUCCUCCGAUAAAAGCAAAUUCAAGUUGCUGUACUUUGAACAAGAAGAGAAUGGGGGAUUGAGUCUUGCAUUGCAGGAGGAAAGUGCAAAGACAGGAAAAGUUACAUCAGCAGGGAUGUACUUUCUUCGCUUCCAAGUUUUUCGUUUAGACACUACUGCGAAUUCGAUUGCGGUUGCCAGAGAUCCAGAAGCUGCAUUUUUUAAGAGGCUUGAUGGCUUUCAGCCGUGUGAAUUGUCUGAGUUAAAGGCUGGAAUGCAUGUGUUUGCUGUUUAUGGCGAUAAUUUUUUCAAAAGUGCAAGUUAUACAAUAGAAGCUGUUUCUGCUGGACCCUUUGUUGAAGAAAAAGAGGAGCUCCAAAAAGUGGAGGCCCAAAUUUUGACAAAACGUGUUGAACUUUCUAAGUUUGAGUCUGAAUAUAAGGAGGUCUUAGCUCAGUUCACAGAAAUGACUGCUAGAUAUUCACAAGAAAUGCAAUUUAUAGACGAACUUCUUAAGAAGCGGGAAGCUAUUCAUGCCAUGUACUCUUCAGUUCCAACACUCAAGAGGUCCUUUAGUGGUAGCAAGGUCAAGGGACUACACAAGGAUGCUAAGGGAGAAGCUGGUACUCACAGCAGAGAUGCAAAGCAGGUAACCAGGGAGAGGUCCAAGAAAAAGUGGUUCAAUAUCCACCUGAAAGUUGAUAAAAGGAAGGCCUGUUAAUUUGGUUCAGAGGCAUCAGCUUAUUGGAUUUAUGUUGACCUGUAUGAAAGAGGGGUGUUCUUCUGCUGCUUGUAGUCUCAAUGGCAGAUUUUCUCUUCUGAUCAGCUGUAAAUUAUUCCUUUAUUGUAUGAGGCAAGUCAGCAGGAGAUGAGUGUUUAAUAUUUUGCUUCUUUUGUAGACAAAGCUUUACACUAAGAAGAAUGCAAAGUGUUCCUUGUGAUGAGUAAAGACGAGCUCCUUUAUGCUGUCCUUUGUCUCUCUGGUCAUUUUAUUUGAGAGUAUGUAACUUAUCAUCAAUGUAUUCUUGGAGGGAGCCUUGAUUUUCCUUUCCACAUUUAGUGCAGAUAUGAAGUCAAUUUGUCUUCUUGUUUAUGCUGUAGUUUGACUCACUACAAGAAAAACUGUGCAACUUAUUAUUCAUGACAUGUUUUGAGCUUUCAAUGUUGCAAGUUGCAAAAAUACACUUGAUUUAAGAUCAAUAAUUACAAAUUAAACUCUUAUGGUUCUUACUGCAAGAAUCAUUUGGGAUUUUACUCCA